AUGGGCAAGGAGCAGAAGAAGUUCUGCUGGGGCUCCGCCAUCGCCGGCGCGGCGGCGGCGGCAGCCGCAGCGGCCGCCAUCUCGGCUCGGCCCCGGGACCCCACCUUCCACCUGAUCUCCAUCGACCUGACGUCGUUCAAGCUCAACUUCCCGGCGGUGGACGCGGAGAUGAUCCUGACCGUCCACGUGACGAACCCCAACGCCACCCCCAUCAACUACGGCGACACCGAGAUGGCCAUCUUCUACGCCGGCUCGCUCCUGGGGUCGGCGCCGGUCCAGGCCGGGUCGCAGCCGCCGCGGUCUUGCCAGCUGCUCCGGCUGCCGGCGCGGCUGAGAGGGCUGCAGCUGGCCCACCACGCGAAGAGGUUCCUGGCGGACGUGGGGCGGCGGGAGAUGGUGCUGGAGUCAACGGUGGACAUCAGCGGCGCCGCGCGGGUGAUGUGGCGGUGGGACCACCGGUUCAAGGUGCACGUGGAGAGUCAGGUGGUGGUCGACCCCGUCUUCCUCGAUGUUAUUGAUCAGGAAAACAGAUCCAAAUUGGAAAUAUUCCUCAAGUCCUGA